AUGUAAAUUGCUAACGACGAAUAUAUUAUACCAAAUCUACUUCAAGGUAUUGAUAUAAGAAAUCAUGUACAUAAUUGAUUUAAAUUAAGGAAAUCACAACACUAUCAUAAACUUUAGACAGAUUACAUUUUAUAUAAGGUUUACAUGAAGAAGACAAUUUAAGAUUGAGAGCUAUUAUUACUGAUAUGUAAUAUAAUUUUGAAGCAGUUGUGGCAUAAAAGUAUAUUUUGUAUUGAAUUUAAGAAAUAUUGAAAUCUCUAGACUUAGUGGAAGAGUGAAAUAUUUAGAAUAAGAACUUUACUAAAUCAAUAGAUCAACAUAAGAUAAAUUUUAAAUGUCUAAUAAGAAUGAAGUUGAUUCUCCAAAACUAAGAGAAUUGGAAAGAGCAAUGAAACAAAAAGAUUAAUAAAUUUAAGACAUUUCUAAUUAGCUUUAAUAACUUAAAGCAUAAUUUGCAAAUAGAAAUUAAGAAAAUGAUAAUUAAGAAAUAAAAAGGGUUUAAAAAGAUUCAAAAGAGAUGACUUUACCAUUUUUAGUUGAAAAUGAUAAUUUAAAAAAAUCUAAUGCAGAAAUGAAUCGUUAAGUUAAAAAUAUGAAUGAUGAAAUCAAUAAAUUAAAAUCUGAAUUAAAUGAAGCAAAUGCUGAAUUAGCAAGAAGAGAACGAAAAUUAAGAGAAUAUUUAUUAAUUGAUAAAAUGCGUACAGAAAAGGAUGAAGAAAUGAAAUAAAAUUUAUAACCUGUUUAUGUUAAAAUUUCAGAAGAUAAAAAUUUAUUAGAUGGAAUCUUAGCUUUAAUGCAUUAUAUGAGAGAAUCUAUUGCAGAUAUUAUCUUUGAAAUAUUUGUGAGAUCUGCUAAUCAAGCAUUUAAUAGAAAAUAGAGUUCAGCCAUAUUAUUUUCAAUAAAUACAAAAGAAUUAAAAAAUAGAAAUGUUAGAGGAUUUCUUAUUGUUUUAUAUUUAUAUCGAAAGUAAUUAAUAUAUUAAAUAUUAGAAUGAAGAAAUUUAUUAAAAUAUACUUUCCUUAUUAUGGAAAAUUGAUUUUAAAUGAUCACAUGGCUAGAAUUGCACUUGGAGAGGAUGAAUAUCAUUUAUCUGAACGAAGAGAUAACACAAAUCUAUGGUUAGAAGAAUGUUUAGCUAAGUUAUCAGUUCAAAAAAGAAAGAGUGAUAAGAAUAAUGAAGAAGAUGCUGAAUAUCAAAAUUUAUUUAGACUUCUAUCAUUAAGAUAUAGAUGCAAAUAUCCUAUGAAAGGAAAUGAAGAAAUGAGAGUUGAUUUAGAUAUAAGAGUAAGAUUAGAAAACAAAAUAUGCUCAUCACUUUUAAAAAUAUUUAUUGAUUGA